UUUGAUCUGUCUCUCUCUGAUCUCCCCCCCGCCCACCCUGGACUCAGUCGGACCCUCUCUCUCAGGGGACACGGUCCCCGGGUGUCUCUCUCCGUCAUGUUUUGAUCCAGUGUAAAACCAGGCCGUUCACUCCGCCUCCUCCAGACCGAGGGCGGGACGGCGGGCAGACACGCGCGGGAGCGGGCGCUCGGUGACGGCAGCUGUGUUGUGGAAGGAGCCGCUGGCUGCGGAGCUCACUUCGCCGGACAGUUUUAAAACGAGCUAGCUGCUAGCCGCUCGCUCGUUAGCUUCGGGCUAGAACCAACAAGGGGUCGUGAACGCGCUUGCUCGUCGCCGCAGUGAGCUCGCGUUAGCGCCUGUCGGGGAUCAACAUGGUGACACUGACGUCCGUGGUACGCCCGCUGGCCGCGCAGCUCCACCGGCGGCUCCGCGGGCAGCUGCCCCGGCGGCUCCUCGCGCACACCGGGGGUCGGCACCGGAUCACGCCCGCCAGGAGCUGCAACCUCUCGGCGUGUUCCAGCAAAUAUGUCCUGUCUCAGAUGCAUCCCAUGUGGCAGGGACCCCUCGCGGUACCAGGAGGCGAUCGCCAGUCUCCGAUCGACAUCAUCGUACGGAAGAGCGUCUUUGACACCGAGCUGAAGCCUCUGGUCACCGAUUACGACCCAGACACCUGCCAACAAAUCUGGAAUAACGGUUACUCCUUCCUGGUGGAGUAUGACGACACUACAGACAAGUCCACGCUGAAAGGGGGCCCCCUGAGAGACAAAUUCAGGCUGUGUCAGUUCCACUUCCACUGGGGGGAGAGCAACGCCUGGGGCUCAGAACACACCGUGGACAGGAGGCUGUUCCCCGCAGAGCUCCACUUGGUUCACUGGAACUCUGACAAGUACAGUCUGUUCGAGGAGGCAGUGAUGGAGGACAACGGACUGGCUGUGAUCGGAGUCUUUCUAAAGGUGGGAAAGAGACACGAGGUGCAGAAGCUGGUCGACGCUCUGCCUGCGAUCAGACACAAAGACAGCGUCGUGGAGUUCAACAGGUUCAAUCCCGCCUGUCUGUUGCCCGCCAACACUGACGACUACUGGACGUAUCACGGCUCCCUGACCACGCCCCCUCUGACCGAAUCUGUCAGCUGGAUUGUUAUGAAGCAGCACAUUGAAGUCAGCCACGAUCAGCUGGCCGUCUUCCGGAGCCUCCUGUUCACGUCGGCUGAGGAGGAAGUGCAGAAAGGUAUGGUGAACAACUUCCGUGUGCAGCAGCCUCUGCGUGGUCGCACCGUCCGCUCCUCCUUCACUCCCUUCCUGCAGGAGGCGCCAUCAGCUGAAGGCGACCAUCACUCCCACUGACACCGCUGGACCCAGUACACACACACACGCACAGCAACACGCACACACACACACAGUUCUCUGUGAGCAAAAUGAAAAAAAUUGAUCUCGAAAUCUAAUUUUUCCUUCGUGAGCGUGUUGAGCAGAAAACCUACUUUUAAAGUUUCACCGGGGAAACUUCAUUUAUUCUUCAUGCUGUUCAUUGUUUUAUUAUUACAAACAGUUUUACAUGGAGGGUUGAGGGAAACGUGGGCUUAUGGGUAGUUGAGAUUCGUAUUUCGGAGACUUAUCAGAUUUUAGGGAUGGUCACUGUGGGAAAAGUAUAUAGUUAUUAACAUGAGUCGUAUUUAUACAGCAUUUACGGUUUAUUCAGUUACUGUACAUGAGUUGUUUAUCUGCAGUUUAUGAACUGGAAGUAAAAAAGCAGCUGAAUCAGCUCUGACGUCCUCGUGGAGAUGUUUUUUUUCUUUCUUCCAUGUCAGGACGAUGGAGCUGCUGUCAGUUUACAAAACGGUGAUCACGAGUUUUAACAGACGAUGGUUUUAUUGCCUUGCAUCUCUCCAGUCAUAAUUUAUUUCAUAUGAUCAGUUUCUGUUGUUUUUUUUACCAGAAAUAAGACUUUUAUUAACCUGUAUCGUUGGUUGCUGGGUUUAUCCUCAAUCAUACAUUAUCCAGAUGAACAGAAUGUAUGUUUUCCACGUCUGUUACAAAGAGAUUAUAUCGAAUUCAGUUCAUCUGACACUGGUUUUUGUACAGCAUGUUACUUUCAAACAUCAAAACACAUCGAGUGGAGGUUAAAAUCUCCACUGAGCCUUCGUUCCUCUUCCUACAACCUGUUCAAUAAGUUCCUAAUAUGCACAAACAGGCCAGGUCACUGUAGCACAUGUACUUUAAGACUCUUAAAGCAAAGCAAGCAGUUCUCUUCUCUUUCUUACAGUAACACUCAGUAUCAGAGCCACUGUGCCUUAAACGUUCUCGGUGUGAUUCGCUGGUGUCGGUGUGAGAGCGUGAGCCGAGCCACACGGUUCGAGUGCAGUGGUUGUUCACAGUCAAGUCCAGUUUAUAAGCGCAGUUCCUGACCUUGAGCUGGAGGCAAGAGCCUGAGACUCUCAGUUUCUAGAGGUGGUUCCUGGAGGGAGGCUCCAGAGACAGUUUGGUAGAGACGAGGCGUUCUUCAGGAAACUAUGGACACGCCUCUGCUAAUGGAAGUGGAGCUUCUGGAGGAAACACCUCCUCCUCUGCUUUGCCUUUUUCCAGACGGCAACGCAUCACCACACCUCCAGUGUCCCAGUCGAGACCCCGUCGACUUCGUGGAAGAAACCGUGACUGGUUUCUCUGAAGUGAAUGAAAUCAGUGUUGGACUUGGCAGAGUUCCCAUAACACACCUCUGGGCUGCAGCCAAUCAGCUCUGCAACACUAGAAAACAGGAAACUGACUAAACUUCAUCGUCCACUAAUCCAAUCAUAUUUAGUUAUUGAGAGGAGUCUGUUGUCUUCAUUAGUCCAUCGGUUGUUUUUAAUUCUUUCCUCAUUAAAGAUGAAUCAAAUUAACAAAUGUACAAAUCAGAUUUUACUGUCCUGGGUUGGGAUUAGCGUUUAAAGAGUUUAUAUUAUUAUUAGACAUUAACUGGUCUAAGCUGCUUUUACUUUUUAAAACUUUUUAAAUAAUAAGUCGAGACGCACAGAGGACAGCACCCAGAACGAUGGUUGAACCAACACUGUAUAUUAAUACUGGGGAGACGCGACGGGACCAGCUGUUCCCAGCAGCCGUGUGCAUCACCUGUCGCCAUGACGAUGUUUCUACCUGCUCCCGAUGUUCGAGCCACUCAGCGUGUGCUCGAUGCGACUUGUUCACAACUUUGGAAGCUGUGAGAUGCAGAAAAUCAAAUCCUCCUCUGUGUGAUUUCAAAUGAAUCCAGAUUUUAUUAUGAAAAACACUUCCAUUAUCUGACCAGUCCAGUCCCAUGCAAACCAGUAGAGGUGCUCUGGGGGAAUCUUACUAUGCAGCAGGGUUAGAAAGAGAAAGAUGAAGGUGAGAGUUCACAGUUGUCCCCCGUCCCCCCGCACGGACGCUCACAUCAGGGCGUGCGCUCCCCAGUAGGCCCCCCCCCCAGCCGAGGCCCGGCGCUGAAUAGACCAACUGGACUUGUAUAGAGAGGAUUUGAUGGUGUGAUGUGACGGUGAUUCAUUGUGAAAGCGUCCGACCCGUUCCUCACACACUGAAGGGGGCCGCGGGGGGGCCGCUGGGGGCCGCGGGGGGGCCGGUUGUAAAGAUUUCUGAAGUGCAGAAAAGAUUGUAGUGGAUUGUAGAUUGUGUGACACUCUGAGGAAUGUUGAGUGGUAGCCUUUUAUUCUUUCUAUUCACAUGUUGCAAUACUGAAUCUAUGUCCAGUGUGUCGUACUAACAUGGAGAUAAGGGACCCAGCUCUGCAUUUAUCUUGUACAGCCGUGUUUUACCGAUGUAUUUGAAUCAUGCACCAUGAGCUGCCGUCAUGUUUCAUGGCAUUUUACUUUUAACUCUGAAUGCAAUCAGUGCCGAUGUAUUCUCAUACAGAUGUUCAGUCUGGAGGACACGUUUUGUCCAAAUGGCCUUUUUCUUUCUAAAGAAAUCAUUUUCCUUUGACGUGCAUCACGGUUCCAUCUGCAGGAGUUUCAAACCGUUCAGUUUCUUCUCCAGCCUUGUAUCCCUGUCUGCCUUCCUACACGUGUUCCGUGUUACAGAACGCUGCCGUGUCGCGUUUCCUUCGUGAUGUUUUACACUCGAGUCGUCCCCCGCCUCCUGCAGCUCCCUGCGCUGUUUGAGCAGGUGUGUGGUUUGUGUACUUUACGUUAUGCAGAACAUAUGAACGCUGUUUAUUUGUUGAGUGGGCAGCAACAUUCCUGCCCUGCAGAGCUCUGGACGGCCCCUCUCCCCUCCCAGCAUGCUUUGCUGCACCUGGAUGGCUCUUCAUGGACCUUAGUCCAGCUGUGCAACCAGGAAGUGUUUUGCUUUCCCAGAGACCCUUGCUCCUUGAGGUGGGGGUGAGGGAACCGCCCUGUUGUGUCACAUGAUAAACAUGUAAGGAAUAACUGACAUUUGUAGAUGUAUAAGAAUAAAGUCAUGAUGGUAAAAGGAAA